UUCACACACACACACACAUACUAGAGAAAAGAUGGCAGCUAAAACGCAGAGGAAAAUGGCACUGCGAAGAAAGCUUCACAUCUUGAGGACUCUAACCAAAUCUAAAUCGGUGAAAAGGAGUUCCAUUAUCAUGGAUGCUUUUCUCUACAUCUACAAGUUGAAGCUCCAAGUUGAAGCCAUCAAAAAAGAGUACCAAUACCUAAUCAACAAUAUCCAACAAGUGAAGGUGGAGAAGGCUGGGACAGGACAUCUAGUAGUAAUGGUGACUUGCAAGAAAGGAGAAGAGAUUUUGGUGUCAAUUCUUGAGGCAUUUGAGAAAUUAAAUGUGAAUGUGUUGCAAGCUAGGGUUUCUUGCAACCAUUUUUUCGGGAUGGAAGCCAUUGUUGAAGACACCAUUGAUGCCUCAAUCUUGAGGGACGCCAUUCUCCAGCUCAUCCAACCACAAACUCAAAUAUCUAUGUUUUGAAUUAUUGUAUUUAUUCUUUUACGCACUUUUUAGUUUGUAUUGCUAUUUUAUUAGUAGUCCUACUACGUUGUAACUGGGAGCCACUUUCAAUUUUGAUGUGUGAAGGUGGCUUCCAUUGUGCUGGAAGAAAAACAAAAUAUGAGAAAUUA